CGAGUAGCGCUGCUCUGAGGCUUUGCUUCGCUCUAGCAGUGCGGGCAGGCGCUGGGACUCUCGGCCGGGCUGCUGCGGGGCCGAAAAGGCCAGGCCCGGACCGCGGUAGUGGGGGUGGGGGGCGUGGGCCUUGCAUCUUCGGACACAGUCAGUCUGCAUUUGCAGAGAGAACUCGCCGAGCGCUUGGCUCCACGGCGCUGAUCUGACUCGGAGAGAGAACCGGCCAUUUGGCUAAAACUUGGGGCAGAAGGAGGAGCGGCGAGCGGAGCCAGGCGGCGGCAGAGCGGCCCUGCCGGGGCGGCUGGGGACAGCUUCGCUGGGGGCGCGCGGCGCGCUGCGGUCGACAGACUUGGGCAAACUUUGCAGGGUAACCAGAGACGCUUGUUGCUCUUCGCUGCAGAAGAAGCCACCCCGUUACGUCUCGGCGUGAGAAGGCGGGCCCCUCUCCACGCCUUCGAGCCAGGCCCGGGAGCCGGGGCCCCAGCGGCCGCGCCAGCGCUGGGCGGAGGCGGCGCGGGCACCCCAGCUGCUGCGCCCUCGGCUGCGCGCCGCCCACGGCCCGGCCCCGGCGCCGCGAGGACUCUCAUGCGCCCGGCGCAGCGGCGCCUUCCCGGAUCCAGGCUUCUCCUGGCCGCCUCGUCGCGCCCUUCUCACUGAGAAUGCCGCUGCAUCCGCAGCCGGAGAUGCGGGACCCCGGCGCGUCCGCGGCGCGCUUGCCCCUGGGGCUGUGCUCCCUGGUGCUUGCGCUCUUGGGCGCGCUGCUCGCGGGCACGGGGGCGCAGCCUUACCACGGCGAGAAGGGCAUCUCUGUGCCCGACCACGGCUUCUGCCAGCCCAUCUCCAUCCCGCUGUGCACAGACAUCGCCUAUAACCAGACCAUCCUGCCCAACCUGCUGGGCCACACGAACCAGGAGGACGCGGGCCUGGAGGUGCACCAGUUCUACCCGCUGGUGAAGGUGCAGUGCUCGCCCGAGCUGCGCUUCUUUCUGUGCUCCAUGUACGCGCCCGUGUGCACCGUGCUGGACCAGGCCAUCCCGCCGUGCCGUUCUCUGUGCGAGCGCGCCCGCCAGGGCUGCGAGGCGCUCAUGAACAAGUUCGGCUUCCAGUGGCCGGAGCGGCUGCGCUGCGAGAACUUCCCGGUGCACGGAGCUGGGGAGAUCUGCGUGGGCCAGAACACCUCCGACGGCUCCGGGGGCGCGGGCGGCGGGCCCACCGCCUACCCCACCGCACCCUACAUGCCAGACCUGCCUUUCACCGCGCUGUCCCCGGGGGCCUCCUACGGCCGGGGCCGCCCCUCCUUCCCUUUCUCGUGCCCGCGCCAGCUCAAGGUGCCCCCCUACUUGGGCUACCGCUUCCUGGGCGAGCGCGACUGCGGCGCCCCGUGCGAGCCGGGCCGCGCCAACGGCCUCAUGUACUUCAAGGAGGAGGAGAGGCGCUUCGCCCGCCUCUGGGUGGGCGUGUGGUCGGUGCUGUGCUGCGCCUCGACUCUCUUCACCGUGCUCACCUACCUCGUGGACAUGCGGCGCUUCAGCUACCCCGAGCGGCCCAUCAUCUUCCUGUCGGGCUGCUACUUCAUGGUGGCCGUGGCGCACGUGGCCGGCUUCCUGCUGGAGGACCGCGCCGUGUGCGUGGAGCGCUUCUCCGACGACGGCUACCGCACGGUGGCGCAGGGCACCAAGAAGGAGGGCUGCACCAUCCUCUUCAUGGUGCUCUACUUCUUCGGCAUGGCCAGCUCCAUCUGGUGGGUCAUCCUGUCGCUCACCUGGUUCCUGGCGGCCGGCAUGAAGUGGGGCCACGAGGCCAUCGAGGCCAACUCCCAGUACUUCCACCUGGCCGCCUGGGCGGUGCCCGCCGUCAAGACCAUCACCAUCCUGGCCAUGGGCCAGGUGGACGGCGACCUGCUCAGCGGCGUGUGCUACGUGGGCCUGUCCAGCGUGGACGCGCUGCGGGGCUUCGUGCUGGCGCCCCUGUUCGUCUACCUCUUCAUUGGCACGUCCUUCCUGCUGGCAGGCUUCGUGUCACUGUUCCGCAUCCGCACCAUCAUGAAGCACGAUGGCACCAAGACGGAGAAGCUGGAGAAGCUCAUGGUGCGCAUCGGCGUCUUCUCGGUGCUGUACACCGUGCCCGCCACCAUCGUGCUGGCCUGCUACUUCUACGAGCAGGCCUUCCGCGAACACUGGGAGCGCACCUGGCUCCUGCAAACCUGCAAGAGCUACGCCGUGCCCUGCCCUCCCGGCCACUUCCCGCCUAUGAGCCCCGACUUCACUGUCUUCAUGAUCAAGUACCUGAUGACCAUGAUUGUGGGCAUCACCACCGGCUUCUGGAUCUGGUCCGGCAAGACCCUGCAGUCGUGGAGGCGCUUCUACCACCGACUCAGUCACAGCAGUAAGGGGGAGACCGCGGUAUGAGCCCCUGCCCCUCUUCCACUGGCCCUUCCCAGCCCCAGCCCGGGGAGAGCUUCAGUAGCUAAAGAACUACUGGAAUGGGAGGAGAGGGGGAGGGGGCCAUGUUUCUGUAGUGCUCCCAAAGUGACCUGGAAGAGGAAAGAUGUGUGUGCGUUUGGAGAGGUCGGGGUGGACUGGCGGUUUGGUUGAGAAGACUUCUGGCAGAGACUUGCAGGAUAAUAAGAUGUUGCUCUUGCACGGUACGGGCCGACCUGGGAUUAUGGAAAAGAACUGACACCAGCCACUGGGACUGGGAGACAUUCCCCUGCUGCCAGACAAGUGCUCUGUGCUCACUCGUGUGAGGCCCGGGUGAAAGGUACCGCUCUGUCUGCAGCCGCCGCUUUGUUGGGAAAGGGGAGGAUUCCCUGCAGCGUUCUUGUCAAGCGGUGGGCAAACCAUAAUCUCUUUUCACUGGGGCCAAACUGAAGCCCAGAUGGGUUAAUUUCCAGGGUCACACUCUCUCCUCCCUUGGCCCCUCCCGCCUGUUUUUCCUCUCCUGUGCCUUUCAAGUCUUGUCAGCUAAGCCUUUGGAAGUCUUGGGAGGCCUGCCUUCUAGAAUCCUGACGUGAGGAUGCAAACGAAAUUAAGAGAGAACAUGUUGAGAUGAGGCGCAGGAGACGGAGUAGUAGGUAUUUUCUGCUACGUUUUUGUUUGCUGUUUGACUUUUUGGGGGGAGGCGGGAGGAAGAAAGAAGGGUGUUGUAUUUUGUUUCAUAAACCUGAAAAGAAGACACGACUUGUUGCUUUCAAAACAGGAGUACAUUUUCUCCCUUGUCUUUGUUGUAAGAGACAAAAGAGGAAACCCAAGUGUCUCCCUUUGGAAAGGCAAUACUGUGAAGACAGCUACUUUUACAGGCAAAGCAGCAUGAACCAGAGGCUCCCCUUCCAAGGUUCAAUUGGUUGAGAUAAACAUUCCUUUUUAAGGAAAAGUCAAGGGCGGCUUCCAUGCCCAGUUCAGUCAGAGGUUCUGACUGCAGACUGGGCUAAAGGAAAUGCAAGGGGUUUUUUAGUACUUUUAAAAAAUAAAUUAAAUUCAGAAUACAUGACCCAACAUGUAUUCAGGGACAUCCCCCCCCACAAACCUGCAUUUAGAUUUUCUAUUCCCCCCACCUCCAAUUUGAAACCUUCAAGGAAAGCAUACCGCCUUCAGCCUCAUAAUAAAGGAAAGUUGUCUUCCACCCCACCCCCCAGUAUAGAAUCAUUUUUUUCUGUUUUCUUAGUCCUAUAAAUCCAUUUAUAAAGCAUCUUGUGUAUGCUGACCCUGUCUUUGUGUGGCUAGGUGACAAGGUGACCUACAGAAAAGAUAGUGAAUGAGGAAGACAGUUCAAACCAUUUUAAGGAAAGUCAUUAUAAGAAGGUAAACUUCAAAGUAAUUCAAGAGUUCUUUGAAAUGUGCUAGAUGAAUGCAAUUUAUUAAUCUUAAAUCAUGUAGCACCCACCCCACCCCCAAAUAGGACUGAUUCUUCUGCAUAAGUGUUCCAAAGCUGAGCAGAGAAUCCUGGGAGCUAACCUUUACACCACCUUUGACACCACCCUCCAAGCUUGCGACACUAUCCUGUUUCUGGAAACAGUUUUUUAACAGCCAGUUUCAACAGUUUUUUCAAGCAUAGAAGUUACUGUCUGGAGUAAAAGUUACUUUAUAUGUGUAAUGUUCAGUUGAGUGGAGCUGCUUUUAAUAUUAAGGUUAUUGACCUUGUGUUUCUUGAAUCUCCCAAACUGUCUCAUUUGUUAGAUUGUUUUAAAAAAAAACAAACAAAAAAAAACCUCCCAGCACACAAUUCUUGGCAUCUUUUGUGUUUUAUCUCUUGCAUGUGAAAUGUGUAAAAUAGAGACAAGUGCAGUAUGUAUAUUUUGUGAACCUCCCUUUUUUGUAAGAAAAUAUAUAUUGUAUUUAUACAUUUUUACUUUGGAUUUUUGUUUUGCCUUUAAAAAUCUACAAGGAAGCCCCACUUUAUCACAUGUACAGAUCACGAAUAAAUUUUUUUAAAUACAAAUGA